CAAGCGAUUCUCCAACUCUGGCCUCCCAGAGUGUUGGGAUUAUAGGCAUGAGCCCCUGCGCCCGGCCUCAAGGUCAUUUUGAAAUCGGUAGUCUGGGUGGGGCACACGGUGGUCACGAUGUCCCCUGCACACCCAGGCAGGAAACCCAGGAGGAGACCCUGGGGCUGGAGUCCCUGAGGAUUUUCAUCUUUUCCUGGUGGCUUAUCUCUGUUUCUGUUUCUGUUUUCCCUACUGGGAUUUACUGCUGGUCCUCAUGCUGCCUUCCCCCUCGGUGUGUGGGGGGUCUGUGUCUCCCUCUGCACCCCCCAACCCUACCCGGCCCCAUGCUAUCCUCAGACACACCGGGCACGUUCUGGCCUCAGGGAUUCUGCCCUGCUCAUCCCUCUGCCUGGAAUGCUGUUCCCCAGGGCCCCAGUUGGUUUCACCCACGACUCCUUCUUGGAUUGGCCUUUGAGGGCCACACCCACGCCCGUGUCCUGCUGGCUGUCCACCUGGCCUCCCUGAGGUCAGCUCCAGGCGAGAGGGCCCCUGGUCCACACUGUCCCCUGCUCCUGGCACAGAGGUUGGCAUAAAGACGCUCAGUGAAUGUUGGUGACCCAAUGCAUGCAUGGAGCAAAGGCCAGAGGAGGGGCUGCUCUGUAAAGCGCCGUUACCCACCGCCUCACGCCACAGCCUCGCGAGGGUGCUCCAGGGUCUCUGGGCGAGAUUCUGCCCCCAAAUCCUCUGUCUCUUGUUUAUGGAGAGCCUGGGGGAGGGAAACCGGCUCCUGCAGGACCCUCAGCCCAGCAGAAAACCUGCACCACCCCACAGCCCCACCCGUGUCUCUGCACCGGCUGCUGUGGCUGGGACCUCUGGGGAAGCAGCUCAGGGCUGCAAGUCCGUGUGUGAGUUGUGUGAGUCGUGUGAGUCAUGGGCACAUGUCUCUGCACACAUGCAUGAGUCACGCACACCCGUCUCUGCACACACACGUGUCCACAUGCACCUGUCUCUGCACACACAUGUGGAAUCACGCACACCCAUCUCCGCACGUGUGUCCACAUGCUCCCGUCUCUGCACACACACAUGUCCACACGCACCCGUCUAUGCACACAUGUGUGGAGUCACGUGCACCCGUCUCUGCACACAUACGUGUCAACACGCACCCGUCUCUGCACACACGUGGAAUCACGCACACCCAUCUCUGUGCACGCGUGUCCACAUGCUCCCAUCUCUGCACACACACAUGUCCACACACACCCGUCUAUGCACACACGCGUGGAGUCACGUGCACCCGUCUCUGCACACAUACGUGUCAACACGCACCUGUCUCUGCACACACGUGGAAUCACGCACACCCAUCUCUGCGCACGCGUGUCCACACGCUCCUGUCUCUGCACACACACGUGGAGUCACCCGCACCCAUCUCUGCACACACGUGUCCACACACACCCGUCUCUGCACGAGUGGGGUCACACGCACCUGUCUCUGCACAGUGUGUCCACACGCUCCCGUCUCUGCACACACGUGUCCACACGCACCCGUCUCUGCACACACAUGUGUCCACACGCACCCGUCUCUGCACACACGCGUGGAGUCACAUGCACCCAUCUCUGCACACGAGUGGAGUCACACACACCUGUCUCUGCACACACGCAUGUCCACAGGCUCCUGCUCAUGUGCUGCACCUGCUGGCUUUGGGCACCGACGUCAACGCUUUGUCAUUGUGGUGGGAGGCCGUCAGGACAGAGAAGUGCCCGUCCCAGAGGACUCAGUCCCCCUGGGGUUAGAGCCAGGCACAGGUCUCCCUCAGCCCCUGAAGCUGGGCACUGUGGCCUGAUACACUCCUCCCAGGGAGGUGGGGGAACCUCAGGCCUGGACCACGGCUCAGCCCUCUCGUCCCCAGGACGUGGAACACAGUGCCACGGUUGGCUGGUCGGCUGCAGUGCUGGGCACGGGCACAGGCCCAGCCUCCUUCCCCACGGCCAAACUAGGGGGUGCUAAUUCUGGCCUGCCCUGUGCUCCUGUGCACUGUGUGCGUGACUCAUGGGUGACUCCGGAUUUCUGGGCAUAAGUUGGGUUCCAGCAGAAAGUACCCCAGAGGACCAGGCAGGCUGGGGGGCAGCCCUGCCCCUCACCUCCAGACCCUGUCGCCCGUCCCCAGCCAGGGAGUCCCUUCUCUGUCCUCUCGUCUGCCCAGCCCCAGGCCUUGACCUCCUCCCUGUGGAUUUGCAGGGGCGGGGAGGGACAGGGACACCCUGAUCUCAGGGCGGCUCUCGGGGAAGCAGUGCUGGGGAGGGGUAAGUGAGGCCGCCCCUCCCACGGGGCCCACAUCACUACCCUGGUCUGAGGCACCGCCUCCAGGAAGCCCUCUCUGAGCUCUGAGCGCCUGCGGUCUCCCGUGUGCUGCUCUCUGUGGGGUCCUGCAGACCCAGAGGGGCUCAGCUGCACUCAUCAGGCUGGGAGAGCUGGGUGUGGGGAACAUGGCCGGGCCCCCGAGGCUCCUGCUGCUGCCCCUCCUCCUGGCGCUGGCUCGUGGCCUGCCUGGGGCCCUGGCCGCCCAAGAGGUGCAGCAGUCUCCCCACUGCACGAUUGCCCCCGUGGGAGGCUCCGUCAACAUCACCUGCUCCACCAGCGGGGACCUGCAUGGGAUCUACCUGAGGCAGCUCGGGCCACAGCCCCAAAACAUCAUUUACUACGAGGACAGGGUAGUGCCCACUACGGACAAACGGUUCCAGGGCCGCAUUGACUUCUCGGGGUCCCAGGACAACCUGACUAUUACCAUGCACCACCUGCAGCCGUCGGACACUGGCACCUACACCUGCCAGGCCGUCACGGAGAUCAAUGUCUACGGCUCCGGUACCCUGGUCCUGGUGACAGAGGAACAGUCCCAAGGAUUGCACAGAUGCUCGGACGCCCCGCCGACAGGCUCUGCUCUCCCUGUCCCGCCGACAACCUCUGCCCUCCCUGCCCUGCCAACAGCCUCUGCCCUCCCUGCCCUGCCGACAGCCUCUGCCCUCCCUGUGGCCCUGGCAGUGGUCUCCUUCCUCCUCGGGCUGGCCCUGGGGGUGGCCUGUGUGCUGGCGAGGACGCAGAUGAAGAAACUGUGCUCGUCGCGGGAUAAGAAUUCGGCGGCGUGUGUGGUGUACGAGGACAUGUCCCACAGCCGCUGCAACACGCUGUCCUCCCCCAACCAGUACCAGUGACCCAGUGGGCCCGGCCACGCCGCCCCCGUGGUCCCCCCAGCAUCUUCCCCCCCCCACCAUGCCCCCCCCCCCUCCACACCCCCACCCGGCCACAGCCCUUACCCCUCCGCGCCCCCCACCCCGCUGUCCUCCCACGGCUGCAGCAGAGUUUGAAGGGCCCAGCCCUGCCCAGCUCCGAGCAGACACACAGGCAGUGGCCAGGCCCCACGGUGCUUCUCAGUGGACAAUGACGCCUCCUCCGGGAAGCCUUCCCUGCCCAGCCCCGCUGUCACGAGGAGGAAGCCUGACUGUCCUUUGGCUGCAUCUCCCAACCAUGGCCAAGGAGGGCUUCUCUGUGGGAUGGGCCUGGGCAUGCAGCCCUCUCCUGUCAGUGCCGGCCCACCCACCAACAGGCCCCCAACCCCCGGCAGCCCAGCAGAGGACCGGAGACCAGUCCGCCACCCAACAGCCGGACCAGAAAUAAAGGCUUCUAUGCUUCCUUC